GCGACGAGACCCGAAGGGGAAAAAAACACCAAUGGCUCAUGCAAGGCGAGUUUAAUCCGACAACAGUUCUGACAGCUGGGGCGUUCAGGCCUAUUCUCAGUUUCCAUUGAUAAUGGACCACAACACUCAGACCAUGAAGACCCCUAGACACCUACCAAGCGAUCAAGCGUCUGAAACCCAGAGGCUGACCCCACCUAAAAAACCAGGUUGCAGCUGCCUGGUGGUUCUUGCUGCUGUGUCCGCCUCCCUGAGCGGCCUAAUGCUCGGUUAUGAAAUGGGCCUGACCUCAGGGGUCCUCCUUCAGCUGCGGAGCAUCCUCUCUCUGUCGUGCAGAGAACAAGAACUUUUGGUGAGCUCCCAGCUGCUCGGAGCUCUACUCGUCUGCCUGGCGGGGGGCACUAUUCUGGAUCACUACGGCCGCCGCUGCUCCUUGCUCCUGAGCGCUGCCCUGGUGGUUGGAGGAACUGUUGUGCUUGUUGCUGUGACUUCACUGGUAGCUCUCAUCCUGGGCCGUGUGAUAGUCGGAAUGGGGACGUCUUUAUCAGGGACCGCAGCGUGCCUGUACAUUGCAGAGAUCUCGCCGAGGGAGAGGAGGGGGCUGCUGGUCACCCUGUAUGAACUGAUGCUGGUUGUAGGGGUGAUGCUGGGCUUUGGCUGUAGUUAUGUCUUCGCUACUACGCCCCAUGGAUGGGCAUAUACAUUUGGACUCGUAAUUCCACCUGCACUCAUCCAGAUGGGUGCACUUCUCUUCCUCCCACCUAGUCCCCGCUUUCUAGUUGCUCAGGGAAAAGUGGAACAGGCGAGGGUAGUGCUGGUCAGGAUGAGAGGUAGAUUUAAGGAGAGUGUAGCAGAGGAACUCAGGGAAAUCCAGGUUGGGCUGAAGGAAGAAUCUGAGCACAGUUUCUGGGAGCUUUUUAGUUCUAAAGCUAACCUGCGCUUACGGCUGCUGACGGGAAUUGCCUUAGUUUUCCUGCAGCAGGCCACCGGGCAACCUAACAUCUUGUCCUACGCCUCACCUCUUCUUCGCAGCAUGGGUUUUGACAGCGAUGCUGCUGCUACCUUGGCAUCCACAGGUUUUGGAGUCGUCAAGGUAGUCGGUACGAUCCCUGCUGUGCUGCUAGUUGACCGCCUGGGAACCAAGAGCUUUCUGUGUGUGGGAGCUGUUGGAAUGGGAAUAUCACUGGCUGCACUCGGUACCCUGACAAUGCAAAGCCGCACCCACCUAACGAGCCUUUGUAAAAGCCAGACUUUAUUAAAUCACACCAAUUCACCGUGGGAUUUAAACAGAACCUCAGUAGAUCUGGACAUCAGUGAGAUUUUUUCAACUCAACUACCAAGCCAAUGGGAUUCUGAGGAGGAACAGUGGACUGAUGCUGAGAAUGACAGGUUCUGGGACUCGGAUAGAGCGACGACACAUGUAGAACUGUCUUCCUCUCUAAAGUGGGUGUCAUUGAUAAGCCUGCUGGUCUACGUUGCAGCCUUCUCAGUUAGCCUGGGACCUAUGGUGUAUGUGGUCCUCAGUGAAAUCUUUCCCAUGGGAGUCAGAGGCAGGGCCGUGUCGGUCGUGUCGGCAGUGAACUGGGCCACAAACCUGCUCAUUUCCAUGACAUUCCUCACCAUCACAGAAAAGAUUGGCGUUCCAAACGUAAUGUUUCUAUACUCCGCCAUGAGUUUUGUUCUAUUGGUUUUUGUCAUCCUCUGUGUCCCUGAGACCAAGGGCCGGACACUGGAAGAGAUAUCAAAAGAGCUGGCGAAGAAGAAGAGCUUUGAGGUGCAGCUUUUCAGGCAGGCACAGCCCCAGGAGAGCCUGAUCAACAGGACCCCAUCGACAGAGGGCCCCAGAAGCAUCUAAAUACCAUUUGCAGCCAUCAAAAUCUGCAGCAGAUGUAACAAAAUUUGAGAAACAACUGUUCAUCCGUAAAGUGUUAGCUGGUCCAGAUAUUAAAGCUCAAUCAUUAGGCUGUUGGAAUAACAGGAAUAGGAAGAAGCUGAAAAGUG